AUGAAAGUCCUCAUUGUGGUACGCUUUACAGAUUCGGUAUCUGGAGAGCUGAUUCCAGACUUGGAACUCCCCUUAACCAUUAAUUUCGAUAGAGACGAUGUGAACACCCUAGUGUCAAGCAUGUGGCUCAAGGAACAGAUCAGGACACAACGAGAGGGAACAGAAAGAAGAAGAAUACGACUUAUCUACAAUGGUAGAGUGUUGAACGAACUCACAAACUUCAGAGACGACAUUUUCUUGCCUAAGUUGCGUCUGAUGGAGGUAGACGAACAACUCAAGAUCUACAUCCACUGCUUAGUUGGAGAGACCCUCACGGGAAGCCAGCUCAGUGAGGAGCGAGAGCUUGACAGGAGACCUCAGCAGGUUUCUACUGCUCCACAGGUUGUUGGUUUUGAUCGCUUGCUUCAACAGGGCUUCAGCCAGGAAGAUGUGAAUGACCUCAGGCGGCAGUUCAGAGAUGUUUAUCUACCCGACGCUCUCCAGCACAUGAACGCCGGAGACGUGACAGACAUAGAAGAGGAGGAGGCUCGCCAACAGCUCAUACGCCAGCUUGAAGAGCGCUGGAUCGAGUCCACGAUAAACGGGAACACCGCCAAUACCACAGUUAGCGCAGGCGCUGACGACGAUACGGGUGUGAUUGCGCCGACAGUGAGGGCCUCAGCUGAGCUAGAGGAGUCCAACAGGAAUGAGGAUAUCGUUGUGGGCAUGUUGAUCGGAGCCUUCUUGGGUGUAGUGGCCUUGGUGUUUGAGGUGUUGGACGACAGCUACAUGAGCAAGGACCGCCGGUGGGCCGUCUUUGCUGGCGUGAUGAUGAACGUUAUGUACGCCAUUCUACGGGGGCAGUGGUUGUGA